AGAGCGCUCGCGCGGGCACGCCGCAAUUCGUUCGCUGCUGUUUCAUUUCUUCUGCAAGCGUCGCGUCACCAAAUACAAAAAAACAAUAAUACAGUAAGCAGUCCGCAGCAUUAGAGUAUAGCAUUGCACAGGUGUAACUGCGGGGCCAUUUGUGAAAAUAGAAAAUUGAGGUUGUCGAUUGAAAAGCUGAUCUCCAUUAGGGCAACCGCAAGCAGGUAGUACACAGAAAAAGCUGUCUGUCAAUAGUGUUCCUUUGCAGUUCACUGUAGCUUUCUUUAGCCCAAUUUUCCUUGCCAUAGAUUCACUUAACUCAGCAAGACUAGCGUAGAGUAUCAGAAAGAGGCGUGACUGCGUAUCGGCCACCACCCCAACUGCUUCGCGAUGACGUCCCUCUUUGGCGUGCUGCUACUGGUCACGGCGUCAUUGUGUUCCGCCCUAAUGCAGGUGCGUGGUGACGAGCCCGGUGGCGGUCAGGCUUCCGCCUCGUCCUCCUCCAAGGGAGCUCGGACGCUGGACAAACUGAGCGGCGGCGAGUACAUCCGGGGUCUGGGCGGCCGUCACCUCGACAAAAUCAGCGGCGGCGAACUGCUACGCUCUGCCGACGAUGCCGAGCUCCUCCGGUCGCUGGUGCUGCCGUACGCUCUGCGAGGACUCUCUCCGUCGUCGCUCGGCUCCGGUCCUCGCCGCGGAUUGGACAAGAUAGGAGGCGGCGAAUACAUUCGCGCCCCGGGCGCUUUGCCGCAUGGCGCCCUUCCGGCCAAAAGGCAAGCACCGUUCGACUCCCUAAGCGGACUGACCUUCGGUGGCGACCAUGGUGGCCUCCACAAGCGCGGAUACGGUCACGGCGAGUUCGACGAGAUCGACCACGCCGGGUGGCCGGGCUUCUACAAGCGAAACUUCGACGAGAUCGACAGGACCGGCUUCGAGGGCUUCUACAAGCGCUCGGCCCGGGAAGAAUGAGCGCCACGAUAACACGGGCGCUGUUCCACCUGCCUCACCACAGGUCUCCCCUCAGUCGCUGUCACCUGUCAAUCACUUUAGGCUACCCCUCAUCGUUCCGGUUCCAGCGCCUCUUCUAUUCGUAGUUCUCCGUUCCCGCUCGUCGUCAAGGCCUACCCCACACAGACCAAGGAUACGAACCCACGCCGCUCAAUUGAGACAACCCUGAAGUGGCACUGACAUAUCUCCCCCCUUUCAAGCCAGCGUAGGCUCAAUCACAAUGGUGUCGGCUUCGGUGAAACUAAAACGCCGAAUCCAACACCAAGCACGGCCGAAUAUGCUUAUUUUUUUUUCUUCAGGGCAUGGCCUCUAUAGCACCAUCACUAACUACCCCCUUCAUCGCUAGCUGUAUUUUGAUUACCCCCUCGCGUGUUCGAUGUAUAAGCUCGCUUCCUUUCUAUAGCACGCGCGUCUUCGUGUUCAGUGACUUCCCGGCAUCAGCUCUCCCGCCGUGGUCGCCGCGUGCACCUCUUCAUGUGCAAAUCACCUGCUGCCCACUCCCAUUCUUUUCGGACGCAGCGGUAAACGCGAGUUAGACUGUCGUUAAUGGAUGGGUGCGCUGCCCUUCUUGCAAGGAGCGGCAGUUUGCCUAUACGGGUCAGAUACGAAGCUAUGAGCAACGGUGGCAAGAAAGGAAUGUUAACCAACCAGACCCCCGUCCCCCUGGAGUUAAAUACUGUUGAGAAUGAAACCGAGUUUUUUGUUGCAAUAAAAGCCUCUCUAUU